UUGAUAGUUUAGGAGAAAAGCUGACCUAAACAUAAAACUUAACCAGGCAACGCCGACGCAGACGCCGACGCCGACGCCGACAACCGCUCAAGUGAUGACAAUAACUCAUCAUUUUUUUUCAAAAAAUCAGAUGAGCUAAAAAUAACAAAAAUAUCAAAAUUCACCAAUUUUUAACAUUUUUUUCUUAAUAAAUCUCUUAGAUGCACGGUGACCCCAACCUUUUUUUCUUUCCAUUUUGAAGCAUUUUUGUGGGUCAUUAAAGCUGCAAAAUCAUAUCGUCAGAAUUUUUUUGUAGAUCGAAAUACGUUUUUUCCAUUGACAAUAAAGUGGGUGGGGUGAUUUUGUCAAUAUGUAAAAAUGUAAGAGAAUUGUUAGUGACAUUUAUGCUUAUAUAAUCCUGGCAUCACCUUGUAUUCAUAUUAACAUGUAACACCUGAAAUCCCUAUAACAUUAAGUGGGAUAUUAUAUGUUUUAUAAAGUACCACCAUUUUUCUAAUAUUACAAAAUUUCAGAAAUGCUUAAGCAGUGGGUGAAGAAAAUGCCCUAUGAAAUUAAAACGAGUUCGGUGACCUAUGUUUUUUCUUCUCUUCUUUGUCUUGGACACAAAUGUUCUUCAAGCUCACUGAGUAUGAAAAAAUUCUUACCGUUAGAAAAAAAAUCGCUACUACAUCCUUGAAGCCAGCUUGAAAUUUAUGGAUCAUUUUUAUCAUGGGCAAGUAUCUCAAAAACAAGCGUGAGGUCCAAAUUUUUCAAAUCAGUCUUGCAAGAAAUCAAGCACACGACCGUAUCUUUAUUUGCUUAAUUAUCUAAGUAUAUUCUGAGGUUUUGAAAAAUCACGGUUUAAACAAAUUCUAUACUGGAGAAAAAAUUUGAAUCUGAACGUGCAGAACUACCUUUAACCUAUCUUCUUGAAAUUCUUUAGAGCUACUUGAAAAGUAACACAUGGGCAUUAAACUAUACUAAAAAAGUUUUAUGAAUAGCUGAUGUGCAUUGUUCGUACAACAGCUGGUGUUGAGCAAAAUGUAUUUAUUUACUGUGAAUUUACUCCUAAUAUGGAUUUUUUGUGUCUCAGAGACAAUGCAAGGUGGAUGGCCGAGAUGGCGAGGCUCGAACAUAAACGAGGCAUUGCUGAGGUUGCGAGAGAGAUGGUUGAGGUUGCAAGAGAGAUGGUGGCCACAGCUGCAGCGCCAAACUGCCAGCAGUCAGCAACAACGGCGAAACCCGGUCGUAGAAAUAUAUGAAAAGAGCUUUUUCUACCGAUCCAGUGAUGCAAGGCGAAUUAUCUCACACAAACUUAACAUAUCUCACUGUUUCGACGAUGCAUACACAGAGAAUCUUUACCGAGGACUGACAUACUUUCCGUACAGAAAUCUUUUUAUAGAAGAUGGUUUCUUCAGUACAACAAAAGAUGUCCGUAUCGCUCUAGGGUUUGCCAGAGGGAACAUAUUGCAAAUAAUUACACGUAUGUAUGGAGUUUAUAUUGCAGACUAUGCUGAAGAAAGAGGAAAAAGGAAGUUCUAGCUAAACGACAGACAAUGUUCCAGAUAGGACGGAAUGUAACGGAUGAAGGACAGAUUAGACAGAUUAUUAAAGGCCUUAACCCUAAGCUUCGUAAAAAAUCGGAUCCAAAAGAAAUAAUUUAUAUGGAGCAAGUAGUUAGAGAUGAUAUUCGAAACACUCUAUCUCGCAGUCAGCAAAGUCAGUCGCAUGCCUACUGCGAACCAUCAGACUAUCUUGUUUAUUUUAAGGUAUUUCAGACCGUAGUAACUCACACGCCUGUUUUUGCUACCAUGAUGAUCAGUCAGCUUGUUUGUAACUAAAUACCGAGAUUGUUUAUUUAUAUUCACCAUUCCAUUCAAUGCUUUUAUAGAUGUGUAUAUCUGCCUUGUCUGACUGAGAACAUUCCACAUAAAGGAUAUGUUGACAUCUGAGUGGAGACAACUGGCUUGAUACUUCUAAUAUUAAAACACGGUGGGAGAGGAAUAAUCGACUUGAUUCUUAAUAUUCAUCGUGUCUUCGAAAUAGUAAUUGACAGGGGAAUAGUAGGGGUAUACGUACCUCUGAGAACGGGGGUCAUCGAUUUUGUACUUACAUAUUCAUCGUGUCUUCGAAGAAAGAGUUGUUGAGAUAAUAGUAAAAACGUAUAUAAUUGAUCUUUGAGAGGGGGUAAUCGACUUUGUACUUUUAUAUUCAUUGUUACGUCUUAUGGUAACGAUUGCUUAUAACUUGAAAUACUAAAGGUAUUAGAAAAAAUACCAGCAACUAUUAAAAAUAACAAAGUUUAUUAUCAAAACUAUCUAGUUAAAAUAUUAACUACCUGUAAAGUCCGAUCUAAAAAGCAAGAAUAGUCCAAAUCCUGUCCUGGUCAACUUCAAAACCAAUACCAAAUUUCUCACACAGAAUUCUUACUGAUUUUAGUAUAUCCAAAGAAUAUAAAUCCGUCAGAGCUCUUUAAAGGUGUUUUUUAAAAUCCACAAUGUUGAUGUAAAUCCAUCAAAUCUUUGGAUAUACUAAAUUCAGUUGUAACUGUGUGUGAAAUAUUUUGGAAUUUAUACUGAUUGGAUUUAAAUUUGACCAGAACAGGAUUUUGUGACUAUUCUUGCAUAUUAGAUUGGACUUUACGGCUAGUUAACAUUUUAAGGUAUUUGAAUGGUUACUUUUCUGAAUAAAUUUGUUAUUGUUAAUAGUUUUUGGUUUGUUUUUCUGUUUCUGGGUGCCGAGCAGUCACUCGUACAAACCUUGCUCUUUAUCCCACCAUUUUUCAAAGUUACAGGGCAGUUUAAUAAAUACUAUCCCGCCAAGCCGGUUUAGUGUGUGUUAUUUAUCAGAAACUGACUUAUUUCAUCAAAACAUCUUAUUUAUUUAGAUUCAAUACAUUUGGUGUGUUAACAGUUUCUUUAACAUUCGCAUGAUUCAAAAACAAUAAAAUUCAACUUUAAAAAUCUUUCUGGUUAGCAUUCUAAAGUCUGAUAACUAACUAUACACAUGAACCGAACAUUUCUAACUGACAUGUAUUGACGUUUAACUUUGUCAAUUGUUUCAUGCUUAUGCUUCCUUUUCCAGUGGUCUAAGAUCAUCUUCUGAAUACAGUUUACGAUCCUUCACAUUUCCAAUGGGAUUGACAUUGAAAUCUGUGUAGUUUCUGCAGGCUUUUAUCUUGGAAUCA